UCCUGUUUCUUUCUAGUUUCUUAAAUACUUUCACUGCACGUUCAUUCCUAUACACACUCUUCAACGGCCAGAACCUAUGUCGUGACGAAAACGACCACUUGCUCAUUGCCAUUGGCAACGAUACACCGGUAGACUCCAAAUUUGGUGGGCUCUUCGAGUUAUAGAUCCCCGGCAUGGCCGAUAAUGCCCCCGUCGAUGUGAUCCAGUCUCAUCAAGAUGACGAUCGGGACUCGGUAGCGGGUUCCAAGCAUGAGGACAAAAUUUCACCGCAGAUACAACCCCCAACCGAUCCCGAUGAGAAGUAUAAACGCGAUGUCCCACCGGACGGGGGAUAUGGCUGGGUCUGCGUUGCAUGUGUAUUCUGGAUCAACGCGCAUACCUGGGGAAUCAACAGCUGCUACGGCGUCUUCCUCAGCUACUAUCUCUCCCACAAUGUCUUCCCCAACACGACGGCACUCUCAUACGCCUUCACCGGCGGUCUGAGUAUCUCCUGUGCCCUGCUGGUAGCUCCGCUAGCCACCUAUCUCAUCCAAGUUUUCGGCACUCGGCUCGUCGUUAAUCUUGGCGUCUUCUUCGAAACUCUCUCCCUCAUCGGGUCAUCCUUUGCCACGCAGAAAUGGCACAUCUUCCUCAGCCAAGGCGUCUGUUUCGGCUGGGGCAUGGGAUUCCUGUUCGUCGGGAGCGUGGGUAUCGCCCCGCAGUGGUUUCUGAAGCGUCGCAGUUUCGCAAUGAGUAUCACUGCGGCCGGGUCUGGAUUUGGUGGAUUGGCCUACUCUCUGGCGGUGGGUGCAAUUAUCCCCCGCUUAGGCCUGGGCUGGGCAUUCCGUAUCUUGGGUAUCGUCUCGUGCGUGGUGAAUCUCGUCUGUGGGAACCUCCUUCGAGAUCGGAACAAGUUGGUUGGGAGUCGUUUGACGGCCUUUCAUUUCCCACUGCUGCGGCGGCCCGAGUUUCUCCUUUUCUUGGCCUGGGGUGUCUUCAGCAUGCUGGGAUAUGUGGCGCUGCUCUUUAGCGUAGCCAACUUUUCCCUUUCCGUUGGUCUGACCUCGCAUCAGGGGAGUAUCGUUUCUGCUCUGUUGAAUCUUGGACAGGGUCUCGGUCGUCCCUUUGUCGGCAUGUUCAGUGACCGACUUGGCCGGAUCAAUAUCGCCACGUUCCUCACCUUCGUGUGUGGGCUGUUUUGUCUGGUCAUUUGGAUCUUUGCUGAUAGUAUGGGCGUUGUCUGUUUUUUCGCCGUGUUGGUGGGAACGGUUGCCGGAACCUACUGGGCCACCGUCUCGCCCGUUCUAGCCGAGAUCAUCGGAUUGAGAGAUCUGCCUUCUGGUCUGAGCAUUACUUGGCUCACUCUCGUUGCGCCAUGUACCGUCUCUGAAGCGAUUGCUCUCGAGCUUCGCACAACCAAGGCUGGUGGGGGAACUUCAUACUUGCAUAUCCAGAUAUUCACCGGCUUUGUAUAUAUCGGUGCCUCUCUGUGUCUCUGGGUUGUUCGGGGUUGGAAGGUAGGAGAACUGGAGAGGGCACAGCAGCGGCGAUCUGUUGCUCGCGAUGAGGCUGUCACGAAUACGGAGACACCGGGUGGAGAAAAGCGGGAUCGUCCUGCGACUGUUGCCUCGACGACUCCAUCUGAUAGUGCCGCCGAUACUCAGAUUUGGGCUCCCUUGAGCUUGAUGCGCAGGAUGGUUGCUCUCAAGCGUGUCUAAAAGUAGGAUUAGAAGAAGCACCUGAAUGAGGGUGACAUUAACGACAUGACAGAAAAGUUCAUGGCACGACA